CAGACUGCCACAGAGGCAUUGCAGACAGCGAGUUUGGGAGGUGUAGUGGAAGAAAGGCAAGAGAAACGGAGUAAAUGAGAGCACUUUUGUCCAGAUUGUUCAAGGACUUAUCAACUUAAAAUCCCGCAGAAUCAGCUCACUAGAAUGAGACGGACACAUUGUUGAAUUCCUGUCCAGAUAACCACAGGCCUCGUGUUCUGGGGUUGGGUAAGCGCAGAGAUCUUUGGAAAAAACAAGUGACGCUCCCUUUGGAAAUCCUGGCUCCUCUACCCUGUCCACCAACAUGACCAAUGUGGUGAUCGUCAAGGAGGGAUGGCUGCAUAAAAGAGGAGAAUACAUCAAGACCUGGAGGCCAAGGUAUUUUCUUCUGAAGAGCGAUGGUACAUUCAUUGGCUACAAAGAGCGGCCGCAAGAUGUCGACCAGUUGGAAACGCCCUUAAAUAACUUCUCCGUAGCACAAUGCCAGCUGAUGAAGACAGAACGACCUAAGCCCAAUACAUUCAUCAUCCGCUGCCUGCAGUGGACCACUGUCAUCGAGCGCACCUUCCACGUUGAGACCCCUGAGGAGAGGGAAGAAUGGACAAAAGCCAUCCAAACAGUGGCAGAAGGGCUGCAGAAGCAAGAAGAAGAGAUGAUGGACUCCUCCCCAGACCCCAUGGAUAUGGAGGUCUACCUGACCAAACCCAGACAAAAAGUGACUAUGCACGAUUUUGAAUACCUCAAACUCCUGGGAAAAGGCACUUUUGGUAAAGUUAUUCUGGUCAAGGAGAAAGCCACGGGACGCUACUACGCCAUGAAGAUCCUGAAAAAGGAGGUGAUCGUGGCAAAAGAUGAAGUGGCGCACACACUCACAGAAAACAGAGUCCUCCAGAAUUCAAAGCACCCCUUCUUGACAGGGCUGAAAUACUCUUUCCAAACACAUGACCGCCUUUGCUUUGUCAUGGAAUAUGCCAACGGUGGUGAGCUUUUCUUCCACCUUUCAAGGGAUCGGGUAUUCUCAGAGGAGCGUGCUCGCUUCUAUGGUGCAGAAAUUGUCUCUGCGCUUGACUACCUGCAUGCCGAAAGAAACGUGGUCUACCGAGAUCUAAAGUUGGAAAAUCUGAUGCUGGAUAAAGAUGGACACAUCAAGAUAACAGAUUUUGGCCUCUGUAAGGAGGGGAUCAAGGAUGGUGCCACCAUGAAGACUUUCUGUGGAACACCAGAGUAUCUUGCACCUGAGGUACUUGAGGACAACGACUAUGGCCGCGCGGUAGACUGGUGGGGUCUUGGCGUGGUGAUGUACGAGAUGAUGUGUGGCAGGCUGCCUUUCUACAACCAGGACCACGAGAAGCUGUUUGAGCUCAUCCUCAUGGAAGACAUCCGCUUCCCACGGACACUCGGUCUAGAGGCACGCUCGCUGCUCUCUGGACUCCUCAAGAAGGACCCCAUGCAGAGGCUCGGUGGUGGUCCUGAUGAUGCCAAGGAAAUCAUGAAGCACAAGUUCUUCGCCGGGAUUGAAUGGCAAGACGUUUACGAGAAAAAAUUGGUCCCACCAUUCAAGCCCCACGUUACCUCAGAGACCGACACGCGGUAUUUUGAUGAGGAGUUUACUGCACAAACCAUCACAAUUACGCCACCUGGACAAGACGACAGCAUGGAGUCUUUCGACAGUGAGCGGAGACCCCACUUCCCCCAGUUCUCCUACUCCGCGAGUGGGGUGGCCUGACCGACACUUGCACAUUCCUCAAUCGUCCCCCUCAAUCCCUUCCCUUUAAGCCGACUGCAUCCUCCAAAAAGGGGCCCGCCGAUUGUUCGUCACCUUACCGCGUUUACCCCCAAGUUGUGUUCUCAAGGAAGGAGCAAGGUCAAGCGCCAACACAGAGCUCAGUCUGUCUGUCUUUUUUUUUUUUUUUAAAUUAACACUACUUUUAAUUUCCUGGCCAUUUAGUGAGCAGGCAUCCACACACCAGCACCUAUGUUGCAUAAAUUAGGCCACUGCCUUAAGUUUCAAAAAGGGCUGGUAUAUUUUUUAAACCUGAUUAAAGGAAUUAAAUCAUUUCCAGCAGAGACUCCAAAUAUGAUGGAGCAAAGUUCUGUUGGUUACAUGGUGUGUGUGUGUUGCUUGUCUCCUUUGCAAAUCAAAACCAAAAUUUUGACAAUUUUUUUGUUGGGGGGGGGGGCUUCUAAAGUGAAUGUAAUGUUUGAAAUAAAUGAUAGAUCUUGCAUGCAUCCUUUGUUGUAAAAACCCUCAUUGAAUCUGGUAGAUUGAAAGGUCUGAGCAUAUAGUAUGCAAAAAAUGGCAAGGUUCUGGAUACUGUUAACUCAUUCACUGCCAGCCAUUUUCAAAAGAAGUGCCAGCUGUUUUAGAGAAUUUUGCGUAAUUUUUCAAGACAUACAAAAUGUUUAGUUUAGAUGCACACCGAAUCAACCAAAUGAAAAAAUAGAAAUCAACUAUUUUAUUCACAUUUUGUGAUCGGCAGUAGAACAGAAAAGGUUUUACGACAUAACAAAUUAACUUUGGGUGAAAUCAAAACAUGAGGCCGAAGCAAUAAUCUUUAUAUGGGUGUUCUUUGAUUUUUAAGACACAACAAAAUAAUUAAAUAAUUUUGAUUGCAAAAUAAUUACAUUCUGUAUUUAGCCAUAUACAGAAUCACAUGUCCAUUCAGUGGCCGUCAACAUCAUAUCUGCAAUUUCACAUUUAUCACAAAACAUAAUUUGCAAAAUCAAUAUAUACACUUUAUCUGAGUGUAAAAAUGCUUCAACUUGUGUGGGCGAGUGACGUCGUAAUGUCCUUCGACUUGCAGUCGAACAAGGCUGAUCUCAAAUCGAAAAUGGUGUAUUGUUGCCAUUUUUUGGUCAAUAGGCCUCAUCACCAUUCUUCCCAACUUGGAAUUCUCGGUAGAGCAGCAUCGGAUCCACUUACACCCCUCACCGUGAAAACAACAUAAAAGAUGUGAAAAGACAUCUUUGGCACUGACCUUUUGGAUUCUUAAAGGCAUGAAAACGCCUUUGGCACUGAGUGAGUUAAAGUCUCUUAAUCCUAAAUGUUUGCACACUGAGUUGUUUCUUGUUGGGAUAAAAUGAAAUUGUCUUAUUCGCUUUUGCCUUCCUUUCUCAAAUCUCAAUGCUGCGCAGCGAACACCUCCGGGUUUCCCUCUGAUCCGGAUCAGUCGGGCCCUCGCUGACCCCUCAGAACCUCUCCCCUCCUGUAGAGUUUUUCUCCUAGUAGAGUAUUGGGUGUUUACCAUCCAGUGCUUCCUCUGCAGCCUCAGUGAGGUCACUAGCACGAUACAUUUCUGUAGUAACACAAAGUGGGCUUCAGGGGAAAACACACCGAGAAUAAUCUUUCAUGUGCUUAUGGGAAUUUGUGUCCGGUCCACUACUUCUUAUUUAUGAGACCAGCAUUUAAAUAUCAAGUUUUAAUGUGCCAAUGAAAUGCACCUUGUUGUCCCACAAUGAUUGUAUCUGCAUUUUGUAUUUGUGGUUGGAAAAAACUAAAUUUGAUUAUUAUUACUAUUAUUAUUAUUAUUAUAAAACUAAAUUAGCUUAUUAUAUAAUAUUCAAAUGUUGUGGAAGAAUUAAAGCAUUUUUUAAAACGUGGCUGAAGCGAAUCUGCGAUCUUUAAGAUCCAAACAUGUAUUCAAGGUUUGAUUAGAGGUUUUCAAUGUGGUUAAGAUGACAGAUAAUCAUUUUUCAAAAGUGCAUUAUGCCUUAUUGAAUGUAACGGUUUUUAUGUUUUCACUUCAAAAACAAACUUUUCUUUGUUAAAUAUGAUUGUUGCUUAUUCCUAUGCACACACCCAUCUUGCUGUCACCUUCUGAAAAAUAGGGAAAUUCAUUUUAUAUUUUGUUUUUUAUUGCAACUUUUGUACCUGCCCUACCAUAUCCGCAAGAUUGAGGACACCAGCUUUAGUAAACAAAUAAUAUAAACUUUGUACACUGUUUUUAAUUGUUUCUUUCAAACUGAUGGAAUAAAAUGUCUUAAUCCAA